CUGCUAAAUCAAGUCUCGGGAGCUAAUGAUACAGUGGAUGAAUGCUUUAUGUCUGGCAACAAUCAUGCAGACGUUUACAAGAAGACAUUUCAGUACUGAUCAACUGAGUAUGCCACCAACACCAGGGUUGGAUGAUGACAACUCUCAGUAUGCUUCUUCACAGCCCUGCAAAGUAGAAGAUCGAGAUGGCCCCCCAAAACCUUCUGACAGUAGCUUUGUGUCUACUCAGUCCACUUGUGAUCAGUCAACUCUAGAUCUUUCAAGAGAUACAGAAGGGAACAUUGUUGCUAAUGAUGGUACAAGUGACAGUGGUUUUUUAAGUAGCAGUGAGAGAUAUCUGAGUCAGUACAUUAGUCAGUCAGUUAUUCCAAGUGCUGUUUCUUCUAAAGGAAGAAUAGGACACUCUUAUUAUACUGUUAGCCCGCCAAAGCCAAAACGCCUUCAUGCUAGCUGCAUAACUCUUCCUCAGGGUGCUCCUGACCUAGUGCCACCGUAUGAUAUAAGUCCAGGAGGGGGUAGAUUUAUUAAAUCAGGUGAUCAAAGACAUUUUUAUUAUGAUGAUAGAUACGAUUUUGAUUCUAGAUGGUACGACAACUGGGAAAAUGAAUACAAUUAUUGGACUUGGCAGGGAGAUCUAUGUUAUAAGCCACAGCUCUUUUUUCGGAUGUCACCUGGGUUCAGUACAGCCCUUAGGUCACGGUCUAGGCACAGGUCAGAGCGGGAUUAUGAGAAUUUAUCUGUUUACAGAAACCCUUCACAGCCAAAUGACAAUAUGAUCAUGGACCCACUUCUCCGAAGACCACACUCAGAUAACUUUGCCAACAGAAUGAUAGAAUUUGAUCUUCAGUCAAUAGAAAUGCCGUUUGUCAGCAGCGAUUUAAGUCAUUCGCCGUGGUCUUGGAAUGACAUAGAAAAGGAGGAUAGUGAUGACAUGCUUGAUAGGAUUGCACAAGAUCCAUCAUGUCUCUAUAGUAUGUAUGGUAAUAGGAAUUUGGAAAAUCUUCCAGGAAAGAAUCAUCUUAGGUCUGUUUAUGGGUCUUAUUAUGGUAGUACUUCUGAUUCAAGACCUCAGCAACCUUGGAGUUCAGGUGGUAGUUCAUGGUAUCCUAGAACUGAAAGUGAUAUAGACCAGAAAAAACUCCAGGUAAACAACUCUGAUAGGAUUGCUACAACUAGUCCUGUGUUUAUCAAUGAAAAUAUCUACGAACCUUUUGAUGCUGGCCAUCAGAAACACCUUGUUUUGGUUCCAACCGAUAACUUUGAUGAUCAGGAUAUUCAGAGUAUAGCUCAACAAGAAGAACCCGUGAAAAGUCUUAUGGAGUGCACGGAAAAAAUGCUUAUAUCUCCAAUGGCUGGAAAACAGAGCUUUAAAGAAAAAAAGAAUGUAGAGAUUGAAACGGCCCAUACUUCUCCGGGAGUACCACCUCCAAGACCUCCUCUCCCAGAGGAAUACUCUCAACAAGUGCUGCAGAGCAUAGAAGCCCAGGAAAUGCAGCAAAGAAUGUGGAAGCUUCAUCUUCAAAGUAACCAGAUUAACAAAGCUGUGCAUCCAAUGCCACUAUCAGUUUUUAAGUCUAAUGACACUCCUGCAACUUCUGAAACUGUAUAUAAACCUAAGAAGCUUUCAUAUAAUAAGCUAGAGCCACAAAUUGAACAUCAUUUAGGGACGGCUAGUGGAAUUAAGCAAGAAACAGACCUCAAUCAGAGAACGAAGAGAGCUUCGUCAAGAUCACAAGAGUCUCCUUUAAGUUCAGGUCGUGCUCGGGAAAGUAGUAGACCAAAAGUUCGUCGAACAAGCUGGAGAGGAAAGAGCCCAGGUCAUCGGAAAGUUGUAGGAAGAGCUAUUAUGUCAGACUCGGAGCUGUACGUCCAUCGGUCUUCAAAGAUACACAGACUGGUACAGCAUUCUUCAAGCCUGAGCUCUCAUCAAAAAAGCAUCUGUAUUUCAGCUGGGGAUCUUUUGGACAAAACUCACGAAGAACUAGUUUUGUUUCUAAUCCAGCUGCGACAAAGUCAGACACAGUUGUCUCAAGCACAGGAACGGUGUCAAGUACAAAUGCUGAACGAACAACGCAUGGUACAAAUGAAACCCCAGGAGAAAAAACAUGCAGAAGAAUAUAUGAAGCUGCACCAACAAUUGGAAGAUUUUCAAAAAGAAUAUGAACUCACCCAUCCUUUGGUUAACGUGGUGGAAAAUCUGGUUCGACUAGGAACUUUAUGUGGUGCAACUGAAAGAAAAUCUGCUUCUCUCUCGAGACUAGAAAGAGUUGGGAUAGCAAAGUACAUACCGUCUGAGAAAAUGCUGGAAUUUGCUCAUCACCUUCAAGAACGUCAAAGGCUACGAGGUGAAAUAGAUGGAGUUGAGAUGAGUAUUGUUGACAGUGAAGGACUUGGGGAGAAGCUGAAACGCUUGUAUCAUCUUGACUGUCUGGUUCAAGAAGAAUCCUCUCACUUUGCUUCCCUUCAGAAUGACAAAGAGAUGUUAGAGCAGUCUUUGAAAACAGUGCAGGAGAAGCUAAUUGAACUUGGCCAGGACAACCCAGUCGAGAUGGAGAAAUUGAAAAAACAACAACGUCUCAUUGAAAAAGAACUAUCACACAUCCGAAGUCAUUUGUCACAAAGUGCUAUGAAACUUGAAGAGAGAACUUCAGAAGUCUGUAAAGUAGAGCACAAAAUCCUAGUUCUCAGGCAGAAAAUACAACAUGCCUUAACAGUCUGUUAUCGAAGAAAGGAAGUGUCAUCGAUUUCAAAAUUAGAUCUGGAAACUGAGCUUUUGAGGAUUCAAAGUUUUUUGGAAAGACUAGCCAAACGUCGUCAAGAAAUAAACAAUAUAAUUGAGACAUUGAAAUUCAAGUCAAAGCAUAAGCACCUCUCUAGUAUUGAGAAAGUAAGAAAGGGGACAUCAGGAAUUGUAGGGUCUGUUGCUAUACCUCCAAAAAGAAAGCACAGCAGUUCCUACAUGGAAACAGAUCUCGACUCCUGCACUUCCCAAGAGGAAACUGGUGUUAUCAGGAAACCAGAAAGUGUAGGUAGAUGGCAGAGGCCACUAGAGAAUGUUAUGGUUGGUCAUUCUGGGUCUGCUCAAAAUCAUUCGUUACUGGACAUAGCCCAGAGUAUGAACCAGGAUAUUUUAGCCCGGUUAACUCAGGAUAAUCAAGUUCAAGUUAGCCAUCAUGACCAGCAAGCUUAUUCAAGCCCACAACAACAAAAUCUGGGUUCCAGAGUACACUACGCAGAUCAACAGUUAGACGAGCCUGUUCUUAAUCGAGAACAUCAAAAUAUUAGGUUUAACCCACAAAAUCAGCCACGGGAUCAAUCUGUAAAUACCAGAAUAAGUCAGAGAGUUUUACCAGAUAGAAAUUUACAGAAUCAUCCUACACAGAACCAGUCAGUUCAAUAUACAAGAUUAAACCAAGCAGAUCAGAAUGUAAGACUUGUCAGUCAUGAAAUCACACUAAAUCGGUCAGGUCAGCAGCUAAGUCAGGUUGGUCUAAACCAAGCAGAUGAGCAUAGAAGCAUAAUUUUUGUAAACCAGUAUGGUAGAUAUGUUCCACAAGAUCAGGUUCGACCUAAUCAAUCAGAACUACGUGGUAGAUCUAGCUAUCCAAAUCAUCCAGAUAUAAAUGGAAGGUUAAGUCAACUAAGACAUGCAAGAUCAUAUCAACCAGAUCAAAAUGAAAGGCUAAGACAACCCAGUCAUAGUACUAAACCAAAUCACACAUAUCAAAAUGGAAGAUUAAUCCAACCUGAUCAAAAUAGUAGAAGUAGCCAACAAGAUCUGAAUGGAAGGAUCAACCAACGAGGCCAAUACAGUAGACAUAACCAAACAGAGUACAAUGUAAGGGUACAACAGCCUGAACAACAUGGUAUUCAUAGCCAAUCAGAUCAGAAUGUAAGGAUACACCAACCUGAACAACAUGGUAUUCAUAGUCAAUCAGAUCAGAGUGUAAGAAUACAGCAGCCUGACCAACAUGGUAUUUAUAGCCAAUCAGAUCAGAAUGUAAGGAUACACCACCCUGAACAACAUGGUAGUCAUAACCAACCAUAUCAGAAUGUAAGGGUAAGCCAGCCUGAACAACACGGUAGUCAUAACCAACCAUAUCAGAAUGUAAGGGUAAGCCAGCCAGAGCAGUAUGGUAGUCAUAACCAACCAUAUCAGAAUGUAAGGGUAAGCCAGCCAGAGCAGUAUGGUAGUCAUUAUCAACCAAGUCAGAAUGUAAGGGUAAGCCAGCCAGAGCAGUAUGGUAGUCAUUAUCAACCAAGUCAGAAUGUAAGAAUAUACCAGCCUGAACAGUAUGGUAGAUACAACCAAUCAGAUCAGGAUGUAAGACUGAGCCAGCCAAAUGUAUAUAGUAGAUAUAACCAACCAUAUCAGAAUGUAAGGGUAAACCAGCCAAAUGAAUAUGAUAGCUGUAGCCAACCAGAUCAGUAUGUAAUAAUACACCAAUCAGACCAAUAUGAUAAACAUAUCCAAUCUAAUCAACACGAUAAAUCCAACCAAUCAGAUCACAGAGGCAAGUUACCUAAAUCAAAUCAACUUUCUGUAAUUAACCAACCUGAAGAACAUAACAGAUCUAACCAAUUGGAAAAGAAUGCAAGUCAACCAAAUCAAGAUGCCAUAUUUAACCAGUCUUAUCAACAUAUCAAACUAAAUGUGUCAAAUCAGCAUGAAAGACCUAAUCAACCAACCAAACAUUCCAGAUUUGGUCAACUAGAUCAACCUUUCAGUUCAAACCAAUCAGAGAGACAUGCCAAACAGAAACCAGAAGAAAAUGUAAAGGUAAUUCAGUCAGAGCAACACUCCAGAUGUGGUCAAUUAGAUCAACCUUUCAGUUCAAACCAAUCAGAGAGACAUGCCAAACAGAAACCAGAAGAAAAUGUAAAGGUAAUUCAGUCAGAUCAACACUCCAGAUGUGGUCAAUUAGAUCAACCUUUCAGUUCAAACCAAUCAGAGAGACAUGCCAAACAGAAACCAGAAGAAAAUGUAAAGUCAGUUCAGUCAGAUGAACACUCCAGAUUUGGUCAAUUAGAUCAACCUUUCAGUUCAAACCAAUCAGAGAGACAUGCCAAACAGAAACCAGAAGAAAAUGUAAAGUCAGUUCAGUCAGACCAACAUUCCAGAUUCAAGAAAUCGGAUGAAUUUGUUAGGCCUAAUCAACAAGAUCAAGAUAUAAGGUCAAAUCAACCAGCUUACCAUUUAGAUUAUCAACAUCAGCCAAAUAUUAUCACCGGUACUGGUCUCUCUAUUGAUGGGACAAAUAGAACAACUGAUUCUCAUCUGAGUGAUACAAAGAAAGUAAGGUACGAUAACAAAGCCGAAAUACGGUUGAUUGAGGAGGCCGACUAUGAAAAUGACCACGAAGAUGAUGAAAAGUCUGUUAAGGCAACUGAACUUCCAACAGCUCAUCAACCCACCUCACUUUUUUCACCUACUCAUACAGUCCAGAAUCAAAGACAGACUCUCACUGCUCAUGAACGAUUAUUUGGAGGGUCCUCUACUUCUCCUUUCUUCACGUCUUCCACAGAGCACAAACUAAAUAGCUACCAGUCCCAGACAAGCCCAAGACACCAUGGACAGGUUCAUAGGAAGCCUAAGAGGAGGCAUCACACCAUUACGGGUACACCAUUUCCUAAUCGGUUAUCCCCCAGAAUGAAUUUUCGAAUGGAUUGCUACUCACGCACAGCAAGUACACCCGAUAUUGUACGUAGCACAAUAAGAAAGGCAGAAGUAUUUAAUGAGAAAAUUAUUGAUCGAGAACUUGGUCUUCCUCAGAAAAUUGACAUUCCUGAACGUUACAUUGAAGACGAGCCUGAAAACUUGUCAGCCGCAGAAAAGAUGAAAAGAAAUGAAAAAGCAGAAAAUAUCAGGAAGAUGCUCGCUGAAGCAGCAAUGUAUGAAGAACCAACUGAAAUAGAUGGCGCUGCAUCAGAACCAAUGAAAAAGAAGAUGGAUGAAGAAAGAAAGAAAAGAGCUCAUCUUCUAGCUCUUAAUCACACCAUAGCUAAAGAAGUUAUGGAGAAAAGCAAACUUGUUGCAAUGAUAGCAACCCUGGAACGUUUAGAUUCUGACAGUAUAUGGCAGAAAGAAGAAGAAAAUGCAGAGGAUGAAGAUGAUGAAGAUUGGAGCCCAAUUCAACCUCUGCCUAUAACGCAACAGCGAGAAAACUACCUCACAUAAAUUUACACUCCUAUGUAGUGGUAAGAAGGUUUGCAAACAUGAUCCCCUCUUAUGAAAUUGAAAAUUUGCAAUAAUGAUUUAAAAAUGUCCUAGGAAAUAUUUAGCUAACUUAUCAGACCGUCAGAUCAUGUAAUAUAGCUGUAUUCCGCACAUUAAAAACAAAAAAGAAAAAAAAAGAAGAAAUAUAUAUAUAUAUAAAUGUUUAAUAUCCAAUGUCUCCAUACCUGAAUGUUUACUGUCCUGAAAUAUUUAAUGAUGAGAGAAGUUAAUGCAUUUCUACAUUAUUUAACUAGGUGAGAUCAGAAAUGUUGUGUUUUUCCAGUGUCAUUGUACUGCAUAGAGAAAAGAUGUAGUUUUGUUCAGGAUCCUAUUCUGAAGUGCCUGAGUUGAUGCCAAUGGAUGAUAUAUUCAGUUCUAUUGGUACAGGUUUCUUAGAACAAGUUUGUAAAGAAACAAAUGCAAAAAAAGAAUUAUUGUGUCAAGAAAAUGUUUGUUUGUUGGAUUCCGCACAAAGCUACACAACGGCUAUCUGCACUUAAGAAAAUGCAUAUCUUGUGUCAAAGCUUGUGACCAAAUAUUGUUUAUGUCUUGCAUUAAUAGUUUGCAGUUGUACUGAAAAUGGAGUAGUCAAACUGUUCGGUUGAGAUGUUUAGUCCGUGACAAGCAUGGUCUGUAUAACUGUGUAUUGUUGCUUACAGUUGUGUCACUAAUUUUAUAUCAAUAAUUACACUAGCAGGCCAUGUUGUAGGUUUAUAAUAAAUCCAAACAAAUUGAAAAUGUUAAGUCUAAUUCACUGUAUUUCACCCUCCAAAAAUAUAGGCACACAUAGCUUGCAAACAAAUGUCUCUGUAUCAAGAAAACCUUUUCAUGGUUUAACAGCAGAUUCCGAAAACGUUUGAACACACGCGUACAAAUUUAAAAAGGUUGACUCGGAUAAAAAUACAUUUAGCAAGCCUAUAUAAUUCAGGAUUUUUUCUUUUCCUAAAACAAAACCAAAGGAAUCAGUUGUAAGAAGUGUAGUCAGCUAUUUAUUGGAUAAAGUUAUUACCAGUUUUAUAAUCUAUAAAGCACAGUUGAAGAAGGGAUUUAAAAGAAAUUUCACAUAAAAUAUUUUUUUUUUUGAAGUAUAUAAUUUUCCGUACUUAACAAUUAUUCAUUUUAUUUGGAUUACAUUACCUCUGUUGUGUUGUAAUAGCUCUGUGUAUUUAGAAUAUUUUCAAGAUAUUAGGCAGAAAUGGAUCCUUCUAUAAGAAUGCUUCAUCUAAGACCUGUUAGUUCAAAUACAAUCUAAAAGCAAGCCUAAAAAAAUAUUAAAGGUAUAUUGUUAGAAUCACAAAUAUUUAUAUGCUUUUGCUACACACUGAAUAAAAUAUUAUACUAUUAGUUAUAAAUAUUGACAGGAAUGGUUUAGGUAAAUAACUGACGGUUAACAUUUGGUCAUUAAUAACACUUUGGAUGAGAAAAGUUUCUUAAUCUCCAUAGAUUAUCCCAUACAAAUGUUUUAAUUUUAUAACAAAGACAGACUGUCAAGCCUAUCAGAGAUUUUCUGAUAUUAAAACCAUUUUUGAAAGGAAACAAUGACAGACAAAAAUACUUGCUAGUAGCUAGUUGUGUGUCUAAACGGAAAAUUUAGAUUCUUUUUAAAUACUGAGUUGAACAUCAAAAGUUAUUUCCUACUUUUCUGUGUGGAGUGAUGAUUAUGAGACUAAAGUUUAAAAUAGUUAAAAGUACUUAAUGAAAAUUGGAAAAAUAAUGUAGUUUGUUUGCCGAAUGUUUUAAUGAAAUAUGGGGGUGCACUUUUUCACAUCUUUCAAAUACUAAAACUUGGUGUCAAAUGGGGGUACCCUUGUCAAUAAAUGUGAAAAUUUCAUAAUAGAAAUCACUUCUUGAUAUAUCAGUUAAAGAAAUUAACUGUACUUAAGUGGCAUGUUGAAAAUCUUCAGCAAUGAACAAGAAGAAAUAAGUGAAACUAGUUAUCAUGUCACAAAUAAACACGUAUGGACCAUUGGUCAAGACAAAUGUAGCCAGAAUUUUUUCCUGACAGUAUUAUUGUUUUGUGAAGUGUGUCACAUAUAAACACGUAUGGACCACUGG